GGGCCAUGGCGGGGAGCGGCGGAGCCGGGGCGGCCCCGCGGGAGCACCGCCUGCAGCCCGGGGACACCCUGCAGGGGCUGGCGCUGCGCUACGGCGUGACGAUGGAGCAGAUCCAGCGCGCCAACCGCCUCUACUCCUCGGACAGCAUCUUCCUGCGAGCCACGCUGCUCAUCCCGGGACAGCGCGACAGCCCCGGCGACACCGGCGGGGAUAUUCCCGGUGGCAGCCCCGGGGACGGCCCCGGUGACAGCCCCGGUGACACCGGCGGGGACAUUCCCGGGGACAGCCCCGGGGACGGCCCCGGCCGCUCCCGGCGCGACCUCUCGGCCUCGGAUUUCCUGCGGCGCUUGGACGCCGAGAUCGGGCGCUGCAAGGAGGCGGCGGCGCUGCGGCUGCAGGGCCCGGGCCCCAGUGCCAUCCCCCGCGUCCCCGCUGUCACCGUCUGUCCCCGCGUGUCCCCACAGCCCCGCGCCAGCCGGGGGUGGCCCCGCGUCCCCCCGGGUGUCACCGACCGUCCCCCGCGUCCCCUCGGGGGGCCCGGCUGGGACCCCGACCCCUCACCAGGACCCCGCGGGCGGCCGCGCUCAGGGACAGCGAGGACGAGAUCUUCACCUUGUGACAACAGCGGGGACACUGGGGACAUUGGGGACAGCGAGGACGAGAUCUUCACCUUGUGA